AUGAGUGAAAAUAAAAAUGAAGAAGCAAGCACCUCAAACAAUAAGUUUACACCAAAGAAGAAAAUCCGUAAUCCCUUUGACAAAAUGCUUGUUGAAAGACUGCAUCAACCGUUAAGCAGCCCUGGCAUGUGUAAGAUAUACAAAAACAAAACGAAGGGACCAUUUAAUUGGGAUAUUGAACACGCGAGCACCUUAGUACCGGCUGAUAUUAUUGUAUGCAAUAGUCAGUAUGAAGCAUCUCCUGAUCCCAUCCUCGAGAAGAUUGCGGAAGAAGCUUCAGAGAAAUUCUUUUCACAAGAACUAGUUGUACCAAGUCCUAUGGAGUCAUCAAAGAAACCAUCAAAAGCAUUGACAGCUAAAUCAUCUUCUGAUUCAAGUUUACAAGAGUGCAGUCUCCUAAAAAAGAUAAAGUUUGUGAGAAACACAUCUGCACAAACUACACUAACACUGCCACCAGUGUUGCCGCCAGAAUUGGAGAAAAUGUUACAGCCUUUCUGCACUUAUUCUCAGGAGGAAGCCAUAUUUGAUGACUGCGAGAUCACAGCGAACGGUUCGAUUCGUGUCCAGACGCACUUCAUUCACAGUGACCACAGUGAUCAUUAUGAUUCAGAGCAGACGGAUGACGAGAUUCAAGUGGAGAAACGAUCUCCGUCUAGUUUUGGAGAGCAUAUUCCUGUUCAGUUUAGUCCCGAUUUGAGUAAUAAUCUAGUUUCAAAGGGAAUGAAGCGUACUUUUGGUACUCCAGUGCAAAAUAACCAAUCACAAAAGCCACUCAAAAAUAAAAUUUUAAAUUUAGCUGAUUACGAACCGUGUUUGAGUCCUAUACAGUUUGACACGCCGAAGAAAAAAGAAGGCUUUUGUGCUAUGUCACCUCUAGUUGUAGCUGUGUCUCCAGUGAAAUCCAGCGAUGAAGAGAAAAUGAACUACGCCACUCCUGACUCAAAAAUGGCUACCUGUUUAGAUUGCGUUAAUUCACAACCAAAUCGAGGAAAGAGUGGAGUGUGCUUCUGCGAUACAACACCAAAUAAGUCAAUAUUGAGACGAAGUACAUCACUGAAGGACUCGCCUUACAAGAGUAUGAAAAGUUCUCUUUCUGGGAAACGAAGCUUGAGCAUGUCCAGUCUUAACAGAAGCAAAUCGGUGCAGAAGCUCGACUUUAGCAUGGAUAUGAGUGUGGACGGAUCUUUUCAUAAUAUUUCGCAAGGAUCAGAAGCCAAUACGCCAGAAAGAAAGCACGUGACUUGGUCCGUAGUGGAGCAGAACAAACAGUUACCAAACUUGGAUUCCUUCCGGGAAUCACGUGAUAUUCAGUCUUCCACUAGAAUAAACGUAAACUUAUUUGACGAAACGCCAAUAAAGGGGAAACGAAGAACUAACGUUGCGCAUGAAAUUAGUAAAAUUCGCGAUUCAAGCGCACUCAGCCCGCUCAACAUGUCCCUCGAUAAUAGCUUAGAUAACUUCGAUAUACCACUGAGUAUGGAGGAGAAGAAGAUAGACUUCAAUACAGUAAAUCUCAAGUUCCUAACUGAAAGUGUGAGUGAGAGAAGUGAUGUGACUAUAACCGGUGAAUGUUCGAGCUUCAAGCGAGUGGAUAGCGGAUUCAAUGAGUUCUACGCGUCUAGUUAUUACGAAAGUGCGAUAAAACCGUCGGAACUGACGAUUUCGAAUUCAAAGGGCAAAGCCCUAAAGGAGAUAUCCAACGUGAAUUGGAUGAGGGUAGACAGCGGCUUCAAAGAUGAAACGUCCUCAGAUAGCCAGUUCUACCCGAAUGAGAGUAAGCAGGUCGGUUUUUCUAAUAAAGAUAAGGAGAACAUAUGUAUUGAUAAUGAUAUAAUACCAGCUCCAAGAAGAAACGAUACCAUGUCUAUAUCAGAUUACUUUAACGAAGACCUGACUUUUACCUGCAACUUUUCAUCGACGCCAUCGAAGAGCAAACGUAAAAUUCCUAGUGAUGGGUUUUAG